AUGCUUACUGUUCCCGACAAACCGGUCAAAAUCAAGUUUAUCGAACGUUUUUGAGAAAGUUACAAGGGAAAGGUUCUACAGCUUCUUACAACACCCUUUUUUAGAAUAUGAUUCAGACCGGAAAAGGUUUUUGAGGCCCCCUCGGCUUAAAUUUAAACAACUUUUACACCGCUAAAGUUCGCCUAUGCUCUUGGUGCCUCAAACCAUUAUGGCCGCCAAACCUAGCGACUUUUAUUUAGAAAUAUUUUUUAAGUCUUUGUGAUGUGUACAUCAAAUAUUGACCUUAUCCUGGCAACCGAAAUUGGCUGGCAUGUUUUCCAUAAUAUAUUCACGUAAAAACAAAAAGAAAAAAAACGUUUUACGUCUAGCUAUUCCAUUUGUAAGCAGGAUAAAUUUAUUUAAUUAAUUCAAAAUGGCGGAUGAUUCAAGUUCCUUCCUACAUUGUAAACGACUGACGUCAGUGACGUCACUGUUAUUAUCAAAAUUUAUCAGUGUGAUAUCCAAACUCAUGAGUUUAUCAGACACAUCCCUAGUUAGUGUUUUUGUUUUAUAUCUCUUUUUAGAGGGAAGAAUGAUGAGAUGCACGUGGAUUCCGCCCAUAAAAAUGCAAAAGCAUGCCGUCGUCAUUACGUCCCAUUACCUCAUCGUGUCUUUCACAUGUACCCGGAAAGAAAAAAAAAAAAAUGAGGACGAUUACUGUAAUUUGCCAACAAUUAUAUUCUGUGCUGACGCGUUCCCUGCUCACAGAUGUCCUUUUAUAAAGUUUUUUGUAAAUUAGUGUCUAUAUAGUUAAAAAAUUGACUAGAACGCGCAAGCGUGAAGUGAUCAAACCUUUUAAUUUUGAAGACUUACUUUCCGGCUAAUGAACUGUAUGUAAAAAGUGAAAGAGAAAUAACAAAAAAAUCCAACUUCUAAUCAGAUCUUUUCUUAAGGUUUGUAUAGGUAAUAGCAUGAUUUGUAGUGAUAUUUGGUAUAAAUACGACGAGUGAUAUUUCAAAAUUGUUAUUCGUAAUUUCACGAGCCGUUAGCCGAGGGAAAUUUGAGACAAUUUUGAAAUAUCACGAGUGGUAUUUAUGCCAAAUAUCACGUACAAAUCAUGCUAUUAUUUGUUUAUACUACUACCCACAAAAAGUUUGUAAUUUUCACAUGUAGGUAUUUCAAAUUAAGCUGAAAUACCACUGCUCUAAGCCAAUCAAAUUGCAGUAAUUUCUCAUGUAGUAGUAUAAAGAAUAAAAUAUUCUCGAAACUGAGAAUGUUUUGAUCAAAGAUGUAAAAAUCCAACCGAAUCAGUGCAUGGAACCUUGCCUUUCCUGUUUUUAUUUCACUUAUUAUAUACUUAUUACAACUGACCGACAACAUAUAGAGCGGGGCAGCUAUAGUGUCAAAUACUACGAGUAGUAUUUUAAGCAUCGGACUUUAGCUGCCGGCCUGAGCUGCGGUUUAUAGUAAUAUAAAAAGCCUCUUUAACAUUUGUGGUUUAAUCUUAAUUCUCCUCAUCUUCCAAGGUAUCUUAAGUUAAUCUUUACACAGACCAAUGCCAACGACCGCGAACACAAUAAUUUGGCAUUUAUUGACAUUAUUGACAACGAGUUAGCAGAUACAUCUGCUUGUAGUCCUCGAAACACGGUGAACUGGUGCAUUGCUCAAGUAUAUGGCGCAGGAGUAUUAAAGAAGACUUGUUCAUGGCCCAGGUCUGUAAGGAUUCUGAACGAAUUAAAACCAGAAUCAAAAAACAGAAAACAGAAUUGCAGAACCCAAAAAGUUACACAUCACACGUAAAGAAAAAGAGUUCCAUGAUAAAUCUUGUCUAGGUACAUCUUACAAUAAAAGUUUCAUGAUAUGAAUUAACCUCAUUCCCAAGGAAUUAAAGAUGGCAGCUCCUUGGUGUUUUUAACCUUUACUGAUGUGAGAUCGGUCUUGUUAGUCGACCUUGUUAAAAAGGUGAUAUUCACCUUAGUACAAUAUUCCAUAAUUGUAGUAAAAAUAUUUUAGCGAGACUCCACCCGCGCGUGAAGCGCGCGAGAGCCCAUAGCUAAAGAUAAUCUACUGCGAAAAUGUGGUAAUCACAUGACCGUACACCGAGCGACCGUCUGUCCGCACCACUGGGAGCCAAUGUUUAAUCUCACACUUAAUAACUAGUUUGGGAGCCUAGGAGCAACCUGAUACUGCUCUCAUAUUUCCUCAUACUGCACAUUAAUGUCGUUAUCACUUGAAAGCUGUCAAAACAGGGUAUCCGCCGACCAGUAUCACCUGACCGUAUCGCGGGCUCAGAUAUCGACCCAUCGAGGUCGAGUUUUUUUGAAGUUAUCCGCUGACAAGUUGCUUGUUUUCAAAUGAUCGCAGGUUCAAAAUUAGAUUUAUUUAAAUAAGUUGUUUUUAUGUGCCGCACUAUUAAAAUUUUGAUUUCAAACUGGCCUGGGAAGGAGCUCGGAAGCGAAAAUUCAGCCAGCAGAUAGUUGCUUUUGACUUUUCUCACCAUGGUUACGCGUUGGUCACGCUCUACGUCUAAUUUUUAAGCUCUGAUUGGUCAAAAUUUGACAGGCGAGUUCAUGAUUUGUGGAUUACAAGUUUAUUGUCUGAUUUAAAUAAUAAAUUUAUUAAUGGGAGCUUCGCUUUUAGCCCUAGCUUUGUUUGUUACUUAAGCAAGUACAAAGAAAUGCAAAGAAAUCUUGUCAACUCUCUUGUGACGUUAUAAUUUUCUCUUUUUUUUUAUGACACAAAACCAGAUAGGUACUUCAUAUAUGACCUACCCAAGUCAAUAGAAUUGACCGCACGCAAGGUUUUUGCAGGCUCAACAUGACCUUCUUGGCAUUCAUUCCGAUAAGUCUUCUCCGAAGUUCUCAUAAACCUGCGACAUCUCACUAAAUUCUAAACUAAAUGUUGUCCCCAAGCAUCGCUUUUCGCAGGAAUAUCCUCGAUUUUACAAAACCUUAUCGUAAACCGUUAACGCUGUUCUGGAGGUCACAGAGAUCAGAGCCGAAACAAGUAGAAAGCCCAGAAAGGUUCGAUGGAGUACGAUCUUACCGAGUAAUUCCAGAACCUAAUGGCUUCAAGUUCAUGUACGAUCUUUGUACAAAGACCGAGGGCUUUACCAAAGCUUACAAAAUAACUGAGCGCUUGUUUCACGAGCUUGGUCCAAUUUACAAAGAAAAUUUGAUGUUUUGGCCGAUCGCGGCUGUGCACGUUCAAGAGCCAGACGAUUUUGAGACGGUUUUUAGGGCUGAAGGAAAAUAUCCGCGUAGGCUGAUGUUUGAUUUUAUGGUCGAGCACCGCAAACGAAGGAAUCAUUUCCCAGGCAUAAUUCAAGCGUAAGUAUUAAACCAAUGACUAAUGAUUGCUCGUAAAAAAGUGUAAUUGAAACUUACAAUAUUACAUGUGGCUAAAUGCCCGGCAGUCAGAAAAAUUUUCUACAAUUUCUGCAAAAUCCCUGAUUCUAAUCGUUUGAAAGUAUUCUAUCUUCUUUCAGAAUUACCAAGCGAUCAGGAAAACAAGAAUGGCUUCGCAGAUGAGCGGUUGUGGUUUUUUGGGUAGAGUAGAGUCGGCGCUGAAAAACUUCGUGAAGCAGUGCGUUACUCACAGUCACGUUUUCAUCCAAGCUAUAUAGCUAAAUACCCGCCUGUCUGCUUCAUUACACCGUAUGUUUAGCCGUUUAUUUAACCCUUCGUACCCGCUUGGCUUCUCUGAAGGUGAUGAAAUACUUUCAAUGGGGGCUAAAGAGACACUUAAUGUUUAAACUCCGUAGACAAAUCGGAGGAGGAACCGUGCCUUUGGGUCAACCAUCACAUAGACUAUGCCUACUCAAAACUGAGUGAUACUUAACCUCUGGUUAAGAAACUUUUUUUUUCUCGUUACUCGCCCAUUCUAAACCAUGACAGAAUAUUUUGAGGAGAAUCAGAGGAACGCUUUCCCAAGAUUCAGCAGCACCACCCGUAUAUCAAGCUGUUCAAGUAAGGCGUCUCGAUCGAGGUUGCGAAGUAAAGUUUCAAAAUCAAGGCACUCUCUCUCCGAUUGUUUUGGGAAACUAAUCGAGGCUAGUGUGCGUGUAUUCUGGAGCUUAGAGAAAGGCUUUUUAGUUUUCCAGCUCCGCUUUCAGGUUGGCGGGUACUUUAUAGCCUGAUGAAAUCGUGCGUGUGAGUCACGCACUGCUACUCAAGAAAUUUUUCUAGUCUUUGACUCUACUCUUUGCCCAAGAAACCACAACCGCUCAGCUACGAAGCCAGUUUUGUUUUCCUGAUCGCUUGAUUAUUCUAAAUAAAGACAGAAUACUUUCAAACGAUUAGAAAAAGGGAUUUUGCAGAAAUUCUAGAAAAUUUUCUGACUGUCGUGAAUGCCGAAGGGCCGUUCUUCACGAUAUCACAGUUUUAAGCAAAAACAGGGUUUAUUUCACAGCUUCAAUCCUCAAAGUACAAUGGCUCGCUCACACACUACACAAAAUAGUGACUUCUGUGAAUUUAUAAGCUUUAGUUUUUAAUCCGAUCCGUCAUCAAGUUCUCUGUCGGUCUGACAGACGAGUGAAACUAUUAAUAACAAAAUCUAAAAGGACUAAAAUCACGCCAUCUCAAAAUCACAAUCACGCUACACUCUUGCUUCAUAACAUGACUGCCGGGCACUUAGCCUCAUGUAAUAUUAUAACUUCGAAUUAUAUAACUUAAUAAGUUUUUGUAAGAUCCUUCCCGGCUGCCAAGUAAUAAUAGCCAAAGCGACAAUGCUCAACAGCAGCGGCGCGUUGACUCCACAUGAAAAAUGAGCUCAAAGAAAUACUUCUGAUCCCUUCUUGAGUUUAGCACCCUUUUCCCGCUAAUUCUGGCCGGAAUCAUCAUCUUUGAUGUGUAGUCAGUCAAACAUUUAAAUAAACGGGACCAUUCAGGCAGAACCGAUUCUUUGUUCCUUACUUUUCGUUUUUUUUUACAUUAUAAGUGUGGAGGUAAAUUUUUAAGUCGAUCUCAUUUAAACUCCAUCCUUUUAGUUCUUGAAGACCUCUCGACGAAGUCAAUUGCAAACAUACAUCAAUUACAUGUAUAAAUACUGAGACUUUUUUCCGGUCCUUGCUUUGGCUCAUCACGCUAUCCUUGCCGAAACAAAAGCUGUGGUUUAAUUUUUAAACGCCCACGCCACAAGUGUGCAUAUUAAUGCAGGUGUUUGGAAAUUAAAAGGCAUAUAUUUUGCUUAAAAAAGAAAUAGAAGAAAAGAAAAAGAAAAUUUGACAUUCGACAAUAAGGAAGUCUCACCUCGGGCAGACCUUUCAUGAUAAAAGUCCCAACCAUGGGAACUCAAACCCUAACAAAUUCUUGACAAAUGCUCUUGGGGCUAUUAACGAUUUAAACUAGUGCAGAAGACAAAUGGGCAGUAUAGCGACUAUUAUAGCUAAUUGGAAUAGUCCCUUCGCCAACCUCAGGUGAAGUGUAGAAAACUGUAUGCCCCUAUACAUUGCUUCCUUUGACCUGAUGAAUGCGUUCACCCUGGCUGUAGAGGCGUCAGAGAGACAUGGAGAUUGAAAGCGAGAUCGAUCGUUAAAGCAGCUACAACACUCGCUGGCCUCACGAGUUGUAUGUGCACUAAUCUGGAACAGACGGUGGAAAAAAAAGUUGGCAGUGUAAAACACCCCGCGAAGACACAGAAAACAAAUGCCAGACAGAUGAGAUAAACGCAACUCAAAAACGCCUUUCCGGAGAGCAAAAAAACGCACUGUACUAGGUGACUGACUAACAAACUUCAAAGGGGCCUAUUAAGAAAUUAGAAAUCGUAGGAGCCGUAAGGUUGUAUCUAGAAAAUACAUCUGGGAUCGUUUACUUUCAUUUAUUGAUUUCCUAAGACUGAAAGACUUUAGAACAUGUGUUAACUCCUAAGUAAUUAGUUAACUCUCAAGAUAUUUUCUUAUUAAGAUUGUUACUAGGCUUCUUUUUGUAAAACUUUCCAUCUUUCGAUCUUGGGAUUUUUCUGCUUUAUUUUAUUUUUUUUUUCUGACAGAGAUGGAGAAGAAUGGCACAGAUUGCGGAAAACCAUCGCUCCGAAACUAAUGCGCCCAAAGAUUGUGGAAGAAAACAUUCUAAACUUUAAUGCUGUAAGUAAGGAUGCUGUAGCAAGGUUUGUCGAACUAAAGGAAGCUUGUGAGCAAGAUGAUCACAUUCCUGACUUGGACAAGGAACUAAAUCGAUGGUCUUUAGAAGGUAAGCUUAUAAAACUAGUUUUUGGAGAAGUCGAUGACAGCUGUAGAUGACAUUUGCAUCGUGACUACGUGAUAAAACUGUUAUGUAACAGUAUAAGAGCUGUCGAUAUAAAACAAUUAUUGGAGGAGGUUGAGCAAAAUAUUGUGAUUUGUCUGUGGUGAUCUGCGAGGCACUGACAAAUCACGAUAUUUUGCGACAACCGAGUUCAAUAAUUGUUUUAUCAUUCCAUCACCGAGUUUGUUUUUUUAAUGAAUAUCCUUGGGAAGCAAAGAGAUCUGCCAUUUUCACGCAAGAGCGAUCGCAAGAAGGAGAAAAGCACGGUUUCCUUUACGCAUGAGCAGAAUAUCAUUUGCAGCUAAACACUGUUGGACGGCAUUGCGCAUGAGCAGACCAUUAUUUGUAGGCAGUUAUUUGCAGAUCACGUGGUGGGCUCUCGGCCAAUGAAAAGAAAGAAAAAUUAGCUUCGAAUGAUAAUAUUUAUUAUAAUUGUCAUUAGCAUUAGCAUUAUCAUUCCGUUGUCGUUAUCGUUAUCAUUAUAAUUAUUAUCGUCGUAAUCCGAUUAUUAUUAUUUUGUCAGGCAAUCACAUGUUGUCUUUUAAAAUCUACUUCUCAAUAAUAAUUGUCUAACGAGAGCCCCGAAUGGGGAUGACGGAGUUGGGAGGAAGAGGAGGAUUCAAUUAUAGUCAGAGCUGUAAUGCUGUAUAACGAAAUCACCUAGUUACGCUUGUCAGGUCUUUUCAGGAUUCGAUACGCGUGGCGCAAAUUAAAAUAGUGAAUGGCUUCUCCAUCCCUGUGAGGCUAGAGUGCCACACAGAGGGGCCACAUUUCCUUCUUGAGCCAGCCCUGUAUGAACUCUAUAAACUUUUAUCUUUGUAAACUGUUGCAGGUGUUGGUACACUAGCAUUUGAUACUCGUCUGGGAUUAUAUGAAGAUCCUCCGCCUCAGGUAGCACUGGAAUUCACAAAUAUAUUUAGCAGAAUUGCCUACCAAUACAUAGACACACCAGUCUUUAAGAAGUUUCUUAAGAACGCUGACUUAAUACUGGAAAUCGGACAUAGUUUUGUUGAAAAGAAGAUGAGGGAACUUAAAGAAACGGAUGAAAAGGGAAUUGAUCAGGACGACGCUCAAGGUGCGUUAACGUAUUAAAAGGCCAGAUUGAAAACAUUUCUUCUUAGCUGCUUUACCACUUGUAAAUAAUACUUGUUUUUUGCUGCUUUUUGUCUUUUUUGUUUUGCUUUCUCUUAUUUAUUCAUUAUAUUUAGUCUUAGGCCCUGUCAACACGUAUCCGUUUUCAUUUGAAAACGUAACUUUUUCCUUACGGAUACGGCUUCCGUCGACACGUAUCUGAUGAAAACGAUCAAUGAAAAGGGAAUUUUUCGAAAACACUCUCCAGAGUGGAACUUUUUGAAAACGCUGUUUUCCCGUCCCGUGUGGAAAGACGACAACGGAACUUUUCGAAAACGCUGAAGACGCACUAUCAGCUCCAAUCACUCGGCGCAAUAUUAAAAACUUACUCAAGAUGGCGGACGGGCGCUUCCCUUUCUUGUCUUUUAUGCUUCGGCUUUUUUCUAGUUUUCAAGCAAAUUUAGCUCUGUUCAUUCCUCAAGCUGAUUAUUCCAAGAGGCGGCAGAACCGAUUAUCAGGUUACUUUCGCUACCGGUAUCAAGAGACGGAAGGCUGGAUCUCCCUUUAGUUUGACUUUGUUGACUUCAAAUGAAGAACGUCACAACAAGAAUAUAAACCCACACCAAAGAAAUUCAAUGAUGGCGCCAAUUUAUUAUUUCGCGGGCUCAUAAUAGCGAACACGUAUGCGUCAAGCAUGCGUAGUCGGGUAAGUCAUCGUAUACGUGUGGGCGGGCGAAAACGAUGCGGUAACGGUACGAGUGGUCGCGAUUUUUUCUGAAAAAGGAGAAAAAACAUUGCGUUUUCAAACGAAUACGGAUACGUGUGGACAGGGCGUUAGGCUAAAAAGACAGGUUGACGGUUAAGCGCAUGCAAUCAAAUUACUUCUUUCCAAUUUAUUAUUAAUUCAUCGGUUAAUAAUCCCACUCACAUGUAUCUCGGCGAUCUCAGAGUGUUUUUUCAAAGCAGAAUUGUAUUUCAGAGUAACUUGAAGUAGGAUGGAGGAGUACUAAAAUCGCAGAAAAAAUUAGUGGAUUUUGCCAACACUACGAACAUUGAAUUUAUUGUUGACCCGAAGGUUUUAUUCCAUGGUUGAUUAAUUUACAGCUAUUUGCAAAUAUUUAAGUUGAUCAAGUGACUGCGAGGGGAUUGUACAGAUUGGUUCUUUGACAACAUUAUGACAUGAUCAUUUUGCUUGCAUAGACGAUACAACGUGUCCCGGCAGAAAAACAGCAUUUUGAUAAAUGAGCAUGCGCUGAACCGUCAACCGGUCCCUUUACUGGGGAGCUCAUAUAAUAAGCCCCAAUUUACGUCUUUUUAAUCUACUCUAACUAACAUUUUUGUAAUAUAUUUAAUGUAUUUCUGUAAGUAUAUGUAUAUUUUUCUGGAAAAUAAAUAAACUGAAAUGAAACUUAUUUAAGCACAGAAACAUUCGACCGUCUGUCUUACCAUUUUAUACAGAAUGAAAUGAAGUUGGCAGAAGAGAAAACGAACUUUAUUCGUUGACAAACUGUCGAUCAUUUGGACGUAGCAUUAAGUAUUAAGAGAGAUGUUUUUUUUUUCUUGUUGAGUUAUCGUGAGAAAUGUCUAUCGUCAAGGAGAGUGGUGUGGGAUAAAUUAGCUAUGCAAAAUUUCUUCCCGGUGUACAACAGCUGCCAACAAUGUUGGUUAAAUUUGCUUCUUUGAUUUAGUUGUUCCACUGUUGACAUAUUUACUCAUGAAGGAAGAUCUUACGUUAGAGGAGAUCAGUGGACACGCAAUUGAUGUCGUCAGUGCUGGCGUUGAUACGGUAAGAUUAAUAAUUGUAAUAAUACUGAUGAUAAUGGUAAUGAUAAUGAUAAUACCAUUUCAUGCACUGAAGGAAAUCGAAAAGAAAAGCAAUGACGAAGACCUAGGACUGGAAACUUAGAUAUUGUGGCAGAUGGUUAAAAACAUCACGAAAGUACCAGGAGAGCUGCUAUAAAGGAGACCCAUAAGAUCUACAUGCUGGGAUCUGCACGAAUCCUCAGGAAGGUGCUUAUAGUGUGUGAACAGACUGAUUGACUUGAGUGACUGAUGCUCCAGGUGAAUGGUUUGCGCCCCGCUGACGUACAAAAAGAACAAUAGCAAAGACUGUGACAAAAGAGAUGAUAUUAAUAAUAAUAGUAAUAAUAAUAAUAAUAAUAAUAGUUAUGGUAAUAAUAAUAUUAUUAAUAAUAAUAAACAUUUUGGGAGAUAUUACUUGUUUUACGCACACGUUUAAACGUAAAUUUGCUCCAAAGAAGAUAUAAAAAAUCAAAAGUAAAAAAAAAGACUUUCGUUUUAGCAAAGCAAACAUUUUUAGUUUCUGAUCUGUUUCAAGAAACCUGUAUGUUAAUAAAAUUCGAGAAAACGGCCAUGUUGAAUGAGGUCGCAGUUUCCCAGUGACGCAUAUCACAUUAUUUUAAGACAUACUAUUUCUGGGUAGACUUUUAGACAGUUACAAAAAGCUUUUCAUUUUUUAUUUUCAUUUAUUGCGGGCGACAAGAGGAGCCUGCAAUCCUAAUCUCAGGUUGUUAUUACCCAUGCGUCGCAUGUAUGUAGCAAGCAUUCGUUUGGAUUUCCACUAAGAAUGUAUAAAAUGCACAGAACGCACGUUGAUCACGCGCGUUUGAACUUUCUGCAUUUAUUUUUUACGUUUACAUAAUGAGUAAAAAAAUUUGAACUCGAGUAGACUGCUAUUUGGUGCGGUUAAAAAAAACAAAAUAAUAAAUAAUUUUUCAUCUUCUUUCUAUGCAGACGUCAUCUUCUACCCUUUGGUGGCUGUAUAACUUAGCACGAUUUCCUGAGGUCCAAGAAAAGCUCUAUCAAGAGAUAGAAAGUGUUUUGGGGAAAGAUGAUGACGUCACACCUCAGCAUCUCGCCAAACUACGCUAUCUCAAGGCGUGCCUUAAGGAGUCCAUGAGGUUAAAUUAGAGAAGAUUAAUUUUGCAAUUGCAUAUUCCUAAGUAUAAUAGACAGGUUUGAUUAAGUAAAGUUUUACUUUCGAGUUUAUCGCACNNNAACUUAGCACGAUUUCCUGAGGUCCAAGAAAAGCUCUAUCAAGAGAUAGAAAGUGUUUUGGGGAAAGAUGAUGACGUCACACCUCAGCAUCUCGCCAAACUACGCUAUCUCAAGGCGUGCCUUAAGGAGUCCAUGAGGUUAAAUUAGAGAAGAUUAAUUUUGCAAUUGCAUAUUCCUAAGUAUAAUAGACAGGUUUGAUUAAGUAAAGUUUUACUUUCGAGUUUAUCGCACGCGUCUACGGAAAAGUUGAACAGGCUUUAUUAUUUUUUUAAAGCCUACCUUGCUCGCUCGCAAUAUUCAGCCAAAUAUAUAACCAUACUAUGUACAUUUUUUUUUUUUUAAGGGAAAUUGAUUCUUCAGUAGUUUAAUUAACAAUUAUUCGCCGAAGGCGAAUUUAAUAUUGUAGAAUAAUCCCCGAGACGAAGUCGAGGGGAUUAUUUGGCAAUUAUUGAAUGAGGCUGAGUAGGAUAUGAAGAGUUCUGCAGAUCAAGGAGGGUGUUAUACACCGAGGCCGAAGGUGGAGGUGGAUAACACUCUCUGAGACCUGCAGUAUUUUCAAACAUGGCAUGUCAUAGUUUUAAUUUUUUUGUAAGCUUUAACAUUAAUAAUUGAAAAGAAACUUUUAAAGUUGAAAUAACUCCCGUUUCUGAGAAGAAACACAGAGCUGUAUUUGCCUCUGUCAACUCACCGUGAAUCAGAAAGUUUCUUUUGUCGCUUCUUGCAAAUGCUGUCAACAGCGGCUAAGAUUGAUUAACUUCUAUUUCUAGACAAAAUUGGUCUUGCGAGGAAAUCCCGAGUUCACAAAACAGUGACAAAGCGGCCUCGUUUUCCUCUGUAGUGGUAAUAACAUUGCUUCGAGCGUAUGAGAGUCAACUACAGUAAAUCACUUCACACUAAAUCACGCUGUUUAAACACCAUGAAGUCUUUUCUUACCUUCAAAAUCAUCAACACUGGGAUAUUCUUAGUCUGAAACUUCGCAGAACACCCAGUUCAGGACAGCGAUUUUGUUUUGCUUUAUAUGCACCGCCUAGUGCGGUGAAUGUAACGUCAUAGUCCGAGGUAGGGAACCAAUCAGAUUGCUUGAAUCACCAAGAUCACUGAGUAUGUAUAUACUAGUCUUUGAUAAUCAAGGAAUACAGGAUUGAAGAUGAUCUUACCUUUAGAAGGCAUCAUAAAAUAUUUAUAAAAAGAUACAUUUUAUUUUAAUAUAUUUAAUAUUCAUCGCACCAUAACGACGUAAAAAGCCAACGCAACAUAAUCUAUGUGAUUUACCGUGGGGAACUACGUACUGCUCAUCCACGCCUCUAAUGCAUUCAACGCACUCAACAGAGCAGCCGCACUUCACAACAUCCGGAUUCUGUGUCCUAUAAAAGCAAUUUACGCUAUUAAUACCUACAGACAGCUAGCUCUGCUAUUUGUCAUUGGUGGGAAAGAGAUCGUGUCAGCAGAAAGAACAACACAGGGCGAACCGCGUGCUACGGGUCUAUAUGCCUUAAGCAUCCAGCCUUUAAUUACGAGUCUACAAGCAGCGUCUAGUGUGACGCAAUGUUGGUUUUCAGAUGAUGCUGGUAGAGCUGGCUCCAUUACGAAAAUUAGGAAGUAGUGGGAUGUUGUUAGCACCCUUGGUCCCGAUUUUGGUUAUUUUCCGAACGACGGGAAAUGCUGGAUCAUCGCAAAACCAGCUAAGGAAGAAAGUGUCUGGGAAGCUUUCAAGGACACGUCCAUUAAUGUAGCAGUACAAGGGCAGAAACACCUUGGGGCGGCAAUAGGUUCAAGGGAGUCUUCAGCGGAAUAUGUCAGCGAAAAGGUGACCAAUUGGAUCAAUGACAUAGCUAAGUUAGCUGAAUUUGCUCUAUCUCAACCACAAGCAUGCUACGCAGCCUACAAGGCCUACACCUUUGGCUUGAAACAUCAGUGGGCGGACUUUUCAAAGAAAUUGCCGGACAUUCAAGAUCUUUUAGAGCCAUUACAGAAUGCAAUACCUCAUAUGCUCAUUCCUGCGAUUACUGAGCGAAAGUGUAAUCAGCUGGAUAGGAAUAUUCUAGCGCUGCCAGUUCGCUUGGGUGGCCUGGGCCUGGGAAACCCGUCCCUUGAAGCAAGGCGCGAAUAUGCUUCGUCUGUCAAAGUAACAAAGCCCCUUGUUGAACAAAUUGUAUCUCAGUCACAUCAGUUACCAGAGGAUUCCCUCAAAAAAUUAGCACAACAGGAAGUAAGAAGUGAAAGAUUAAAGGAACUCGAACAUAGGGCAGAGCGUAUUUAG